AGAUAUGACAGUGGCGGUGACAUGAUGUUUUUGCAGGCCUUGAACGAAGGCUUAGACAUCAGGCACGGCCGGAAAUGGUCUGACCAUUCGUUAGACUCAGGUCAUGUGUAAUUUACAGUGUCGCACAUUCCUGUAGACUUAGUACAAUGUAGGUAUUGCAGGCCUCGAGUACCGGAAGUACAGCUAAACGUUUCAAAUUUUCAAGUACAUCGAUAAUGAUUUGCGCUGAUGGUGCGUCUUUCCUUGACAUAAUUAUGUAAAGAUUUAUCUUUGAAGUUGCAAUAUUAAAUUCUAUAGUUAUCAAAUUUCGUUGCAAAAUUUCAAGGCUGCAACACCAGGUGAUGUGAAUGGUCCCCGGUCUCGACAUGACUCAGUUUCGUCAAUGCAUCGGGAAGUGCGCAUUGAUCACAUCGCGGUACUUCGUCACUCAGUUCCUCAUUCGAGCUGUGCUCUACUACAUCUUCCUCCAGAGUGAGCGGCUGGAUGCCACUGUCCGUGAGAUCUCCCCGUCCGAGGCGUGGCGGUACAGCCGUCCAAUGACACCCAGCUACAUAUCGAGCCGCGCGCUGUGGACCGUCGUGUACGCGGUGCCGCCCGCCACCCUGCUGCCGCGCCUGCUGCAGACCGGCGACUGGCUGGAGCUGCGCCAGGCCGCGCUCGCCUCCUCUCUGUCCCUGCUGAGUGCCGGACUGACCACCAACGUUCUGAAGGCGGCGGUGGGCCGGCCGCGGCCCGACUUCCUCUCGCGGUGUCACGGCGCCGUCCGUCCGCCGCCGCUGGGCCGGCCCUGCUCCGGAGAGCCGUCCGUGGUGGCGGAGGGCCGGCGCAGCUUCCCCAGCGGCCACUCGGCGCUCUGCAGCUGCCUGGCGGUGUUCGCCUCUCUGUUCUGGGCGGCGCGCGCCCGCCGGCCGCUCUCUGCGACCAGCCGCGCGCUGCUGGCGCUGGCGCCGGCCGCCGCCGCGCUGGUGGCGGUCAGCAGAGUGGCCGACUGCCACCACCACUGGGAGGACGUGACGGUCGGGUACGCGCUGGGGGCGCUGGCCGCGCUGGCCGGGUACAGGUGCUACUUCCCAGCGGUCCUGGGACCGGCCGCCGCUGUACCCCUGCCGCCACCCGACCAAGGGACAGUUGAGCGUCUCUAAUCGGAGCAACUACCAUUGGUCUCUGAGCGACUGUUCGAACAGAAGAGAACGGGGAAACUAAGAGGAUGACUUUCAGCAGAAGACUUGGGUGAAAAGAAGAUCUUGAAGUAGCUGUCACGCUUUCGUUCGUCAUUUGAAGUAGGAUAAAUUGUUUUGCGGUCCGUUUAAUAAAUCAACAUUCAAUGCCUAACACAAAGGCCAGAUAGACCAUACAGCCCAAAUCCAUUGCCGAGAUGGCGAAUGGCCAUGCCGACGGGCUGGCAUACGUGAAAGCGAUAGACCCGCUUAUUUAUACUUGCAGGACUUUUGAAGUUCAAGUCACUUGCUAGCUUGUCACUAUGGUACACCACAUGAAGAGGUCAGUUGCUCGGCUGUUCUUGAAAUAAAAAUGCGUCUUAUG